AUGGGGAAACGCAGUGCCGAGCAAACGGAGCUGCAGCCGAAGAAGAAAUCCAAGGCUGAUAGGCAAUCCAAAGACAAGAAGCCUGUUGAGGAGACCGGGACCUCAGAUUCUGAGAAGACUACCUACAUCCAGGCUUCCGCUCUUAGUGACCUUCCGCAGUCCCAGAUUGAUCAGUACCUCCAAGACAAGACCAUUAAAGUCACUGAUGCUUCUACCGACGGUCCCAAUCUCCGUCCCAUCAUGCAAUUCGACUACCUACCCCCGUGUGAUGACAAGCUGUACGACGCAUUGAAGUCAUUCCCUGCUCCCACCCCCAUUCAAGCCGCUACCUGGCCACUGCUGUUCGCGGGCCGGGAUGUGAUUGGUAUCGCCGAAACUGGUAGUGGCAAAACCCUGGCAUUUGGCUUGCCCUGCCUCAAAAAAAUGAUUGAUUCUAGACGCAGCAAGAAGGUGUCUCAUCCUACUGCAGUGAUCAUUUCCCCCACGCGCGAGCUUGCGAUGCAAAUUCAUGACCAGCUCAUUAAAUUUGCCGAUGUGGUGAAGGCCGGGGUAACGUGUAUCUAUGGAGGUGUGAGAAAGGACGAGCAACGUGAAGCCCUCAAGACGUGUGCGAUCGUGGUCGCUACGCCCGGUCGGUUGAAGGAUCUCCAGAACGAAGGUUCCGUCAAUCUCGGGAAAGUGAAGUAUCUUGUUUUGGAUGAGGCUGAUCGCAUGCUGGAUAAGGGAUUCGAGCAAGACAUCAAGGAAAUCAUCCAACCCAUGCCAGUUUCCAAAAGGCAAACAGUCAUGUUCACGGCAACCUGGCCUCGGUCGGUCCGGGAUCUGGCUGCGAGCUUCAUGAGUUCUCCCGUGACGGUGACUAUCGGAGGGGAUCCUUCUGCGGACCCUCGGGCGAACACGAGGAUCAAGCAGGUGGUCGAGGUGGUGGACGGGCGGGAUAAAGAAAACCGACUGAUUCAGCUCCUCAAUCGUUCCCAGAGAGGAUCGCCGAAUCCCGAGAAGGUCCUUGUGUUUUGCCUAUACAAAAAGGAAGCUAUGCGGGUGGAAAGACUCAUCAACUCUAAGGGAUUCAGGGUUGCCGGCAUCCAUGGUGAUUUGAACCAGUCGGACCGGUUCCGAAAUCUUGAAGCUUUCAAAACUGGCGCUGCUACUGUUUUGGUCGCAACCGAUGUCGCAGCACGAGGCCUGGACAUUCCUGCCGUGAAAUUGGUGAUCAAUGUCACUUUCCCUCUCACUGUAGAAGACUACGUGCACCGCAUCGGGCGAACUGGGCGAGCUGGAGCGGAGGGCCACGCCAUUACCUUGUUUACUGAGCAGGAUAAGGCUCUUUCGGGCGGAUUGAUCAAUGUGCUUAAAGCCGCCAAGCAAGAGGUCCCAGAGUCCUUGUUGAAGUUUGGCACCACUGUUAAGAAGAAGCAGCACGGCGCUUACGGCGCAUUCUUCAAGGAUGUUGACACGGAUAAGAAGGCGACUAAGAUUACGUUUGAUGAUUGA